GGUGGAGGUGGACGUUGUUUUUCGUGUUGGAAGGGCGUAAUGGAGGGCUGAGAUGGGGAUGGUCGUGUUGUGUUGUCGAGGACAGAGAGGUAGCUGUCACGGCGGCUGCGGUUGCCGUUGUUCGUCGAUUCCAAGUCGAGAGGGCGGCUGGGCGCAUGAAGGCAACGCUUUUGAGGCGGCGGCAGAGGCUUCUGCUGCAGAGGGUGUUGGACGCCCCGGACUGCAUUACCACUUCGGAGGUCGUGGUUCAGCUGUGGGCUGCAAUCGGGUGCGGUGUGCUUCCUCGAGUGACGCCACGUUGGUGGAUGAGACGGAGAGCUGGCGGGACUUGGGAGGAUUUGCGGGUGUGACAUUUUACAGGGAGCCACUUCAGCCGGAGCAGAUCGUCGUGUACACGUUGUACAGGUGGGCUAAAGGAGAGUCGUACGACAACAACACAUCACCCUUUGGCAUGGGCAGGGCUUCCAGAGUUCGAGCCGUGCGCAAUGUGACAACCGCUAUGUUGAGGGUGUACGGGGACAAGAUAUCGUGGCCGACAGGGGUGUGGAAACACAUCGUGCUACUGGCGUUUCUAGACAAGGGUUUUCCCAACUGCCAUGGCGCAGUUGACUUCAUACACAUCUACGUGGACAAACCUGCGAACACGCCGAGCGAGAACUACUUCGACCAUAAGCACCGUUUCUCUGUUAUUGUGCAGGUGGUGGUGGACCUGGAUCUGCGCGUGCUUGACAUGUUCGUUGGAUAUUCGGGGAACUUCCACGACAUUAGGGUGAUCCAGUUGUCAAGUCUGUCCGGGCGAGCGGAAGAGGGAAUGUUGUUUCGUGGGCCGCCUGUCACGCUGCCGGGAGGGGUGAGGACGAACGGAUACAUUAUGGGCGACAACGGGUAUCCUCCUUCUGAAUGGGUGGUGGUUCCAUAUAGAGGAAUCAAUCAGCACCUAGACGAGGAAAGGUUCGACACGAAGCAGAAGGUCGCAAGAGGGGCUGUGGAGAGGACGUUCGGGAGGUUGAAGGGGAUGUGGAGGCUCUUCAUGCGGACGAACAAGACGAACCUCGAUACUCUACCGCAGCAGUGCAUUCUCCACAACAUCCUGCUUGACACUGGUAUCGAGUUUGACGAGAAUCAAUUAUGGGAGGUCGAUGAGAAUGGGGUGAGGCGUGCCGGCGAUGAGAACGAUGGCGCAAUUCCUAAGAUCGAAUGAAGGGCCGCAUACAUAAGAAGACAUGGACGAGAAUGCGAUGGCCAUUAACGCAUGCGUCACAUGAUAAACCCACAUAGAAAAC